UACAUUAAGGGCACGUUUUUGACAAAAGUAAGAAAAAAACACACCGUGCACGUGCUCAUCCACAUCACCGGCGUCACUUAAACCAUACCCAAGCUCCGUAAGGGCACAAUCGUCAAAUAAUCUCCCUCUCCAACAACCCGUAGCCGCCACAGCACCUUUCCUCCGCCGUCACUACGAUUGCUUCUUCUCCGUCACAAUUUCGUAAUGGCCAUAACCGCUACCAUUUCAGUACCUAUUACAUCACCCACUCGCCGCUCUCUUGCUUCCUUCAAUUUCUUCCAAUCUUCUUCCCGUUCCAUUUUGUCCACACCACGAAACUCUUUCAAAUACCCUAACUCCCGCCUCGUUGCUUCCUCCAUGAAAACCGAAACUCCGGCGAAGACAACAACCUCCUCCACUUCAUUCCUCCACCAAAAGGAGUCCGGCUUUCUUCAUUUCGCGAAGUAUCACGGUCUCGGAAAUGAUUUCAUUUUGAUUGAUAAUAGAGACUCUUCUGAACCAAAGAUUAGUUCAGAGAAAGCUGUGCAACUAUGUGAUCGGAACUUUGGUGUUGGUGCUGAUGGAGUUAUUUUUGUCUUGCCUGGGAUUAAUGGCGCUGAUUAUACAAUGAGGAUUUUCAACUCUGAUGGUAGUGAGCCUGAGAUGUGUGGCAAUGGAGUGCGGUGCUUUGCUAAAUUUGUUUCUCAGCUUGAGAGUUUACAUGGAAGGCACAGUUUCACAAUACACACUGGUGCUGGGCGGAUUGUGCCUGAAGUCUUGGAGGAUGGAAAUGUCAAAGUUGAUAUGGGGGAACCAGUUCUUAAAGCAUCAGAUGUGCCCACUAAAUUAUCUCCAAAUAAGGAUGGUGCUGCUGUUAAAUCAGAGAUAGACGUCGAUGGAGUUAUCUGGAAUGUGACUUGUGUUAGCAUGGGAAAUCCACAUUGUGUAACCUUCAGUAGAAAAGGAGUUCAGAAUUUGGUUGUUGAUGAAUUGAAGCUUGCUGAAAUUGGCCCAAAAUUUGAACAUCAUGAGAUGUUCCCUGCACGAACUAACACAGAAUUUGUGCAAGUUCUUUCUAAUUCCCACCUGAAGAUGCGUGUUUGGGAGCGCGGAGCAGCGGAAACUCUCGCUUGUGGAACUGGAGCUUGUGCUACCGUUGUUGCGGCAGUUCUUGAGGGUCGUGCUGGGCGGAACUGCACGGUUGAUCUACCUGGAGGGCCUCUUCAGAUUGAAUGGAAGGGGGAAGAUAAUCAUGUCUAUAUGACUGGUUCAGCUGACCUAGUGUAUUAUGGAUCUUUGCUCCUUUGAAGUACUGCCCCUAAACUAGAAAGUUACUUCACCCACCUCCAUAUUUCGGAAAAACCACUCAUGAUUUCAGAAGUGUACUUCUAGGCUAUAAGUACACAUCCAUGUUUGUGCUUUUCAUCAUAUGUGUAAUUCUAAGUGACUUUGGGAGUGGGAAAAAUUUCACCCUGAAAUUAUUGUGCAAUUCAAUACUUUGGAUAGUUGAGUUUCUUAAUAGUUGUUUUACAAGAGAUUAAUAAGUGUUGUACAAGAGAGUGGUGGACUUUUAUCUUUUCAAUACUUUGGAUAGAUGAGUUUCUUAAUAGUUGUUUUACAAGAGAUUAAUAAGUGUUGUACAAGAGAGUGGUGGACUUUUAUCUUUUAGUGAAUGUUUUAACCAAGGA